AUGGAGAUUAGCGAUGACCCGGUUGCAAUGGCGACAGCGGCACCAAUGGCACCAGUCACGGCCCAACGCCCGGUUAGGACCGACCUCGAGUCAUCUAUUCCUAAGCCAUACAUGGCUCGAGCCAUGGCUGCACCAGAUAUGGAACAUCCUGAUGGGGCACCCGAACACAAGGCUCAUGGCAUGAGCGUACUUCAGCAACACGUCGCCUUCUUUGAUCAAAACAACGAUGGCAUCGUUUAUCCUUGGGAGACUUACACUGGGUUUCGAGAUAUUGGGUUUGGCAUACUAUUUUCAUUGUUGGCCGGGCUCGUGAUCAACCUAGCUUUUAGUUACCCCACUCUCCCUAGUUAUAUACCUUCUCUUCUGCUUCCAAUUUACAUAGCCAACAUACAUAAAUGCAAGCAUCCAAGUGAUUCCGGGACAUAUGAUACCGAAGGAAGGUAUUCGCUGGUUAACUUCGAAAACAUGUUUAGCAAAUACGGCAAAACAGCGCCGGAUAAACUAACCUUGAGAGAACUAUGGAACAUGACAGAAGGAAACCGUGUCACGCUCGACAUUCUGGGAUGGGUAGCAGGUAAAUUGGAGUGGGGCGCUUUAUACAUUAUUGCUAAAGAUGAUGAAGGUUUUCUCUCAAAAGAAGCCAUGAGAGGUCUCUUUGAUGGCAGUCUAUUUGAUAAUCUUGCCAAAAAGAAUGCAUCCAUAAAAGACAAAAAGAAGAUAUGAUGUCUACAUGUUGUUUGGAGGAUUUUUGGAAGAUGGAUUAAAAGAAUUCAUCAUUUACCAUAAACAAAUGUUAAUGUGUACGUUUAAACUUAAAAAUAAAAACGUGCAUUAAAGGAAAAAGAAAGAUAUGAUACUUUAGACGCGAUC